AGCCCCAUCAUUUGAAGCUCAGUUUUUUGCCUCUCGCACAUCGGGAAAGGGGAAACUUUUUUUUUAUAUCGAAAUAGGAUCCAGACUUGAAAUAACAUGAAAUUUUCGAAAAGUCCGUCUCAAGAGGUCGAAACCUUUGGCGAAGUUCUAACAAAUGAAAAAGCAACAUUUGAAUAUAGUACAGAUGAGGAAACCGGAACUGUCGAGUUGAAAAGAGGUCUCAAAGACCGCCAUAUUUCCCUAAUUGCUCUUGCGGGAAUCAUAGGGCCAGGAAUUUUAGUUGGUGCCGCUCUCCCAACAUCAAAUGGCCCCCUCAGUUUGAUUGUUGGUUUCGGGGUUAUCGGUUUGAUUGCCUUUUCAAUGAUUCAAAGUUUGGGUGAGCUUGCUACAUUAUAUCCACUGGGAAAUGUCUUUUCAACCUUGGGAAACAAAUUAAUAGACAGAGCUGUAGGGGGGACCGUCGGCUGGUUUUACUGCAUCAUCUGGAUUGCUGUGUUGGCCAACGAGUAUAACAUGGUUGCAUCUAUCAUGCAAUUUUGGGGGCCACAUGUUCCUUUAUACGGUUAUAUUUUGAUCUUUUGGGCUGCAUUCUUGGCUUUUAAAUUUUUGGGAGUCUCAACUUUUGGAGAAUUCGAGUAUUGGCUUGCUUUGUUUAAGGUUGUGGGGAUCGUUGCUUUCUACAUCUUUUCAAUAAUUUAUGUUUCCGGUGGAGUUAAAGGCAGAGAAGCCUUUGGAUUUCAGUACUGGAAUGAUCCCGGCCCUUUGGCACAUGGUUUCAAGUCGAUUGCUAGCUCGUUUGUUUAUGCAUCUACCUUUUAUUCAGGAACCGAAGCUGUUGCCAUCGCAGCAAGCGAGACAAGGAAUCCUGGAAAAGCCAUUCCAAGUGCCAUUCGGCAAACUUUCAUUAGAAUUUUGAUCAUCUACAUGGGUAUUGCCUUCUUUUACGGGUUGACCGUGCCAUACAAUGCUCCUGAACUCAAUUCCUCGGACAACACUUUGAAAUCUCCAAUGUCAGUUGCUAUUGUUAGAGCAGGUUGGGCAGGAGGUGCUCACUUGGUCAACGCUUUUAUUCUCGUGACUUGCAUUUCUGCCGUAAACAGCUCCAUAUACAUUGGCUCAAGAACGAUUGUUCACUUAGCCCAUGAGGGCUCUGCGCCUAGAUUUCUAUCCAAGGUGAACAGAUGGGGUGUGCCAUACAAUGCUGUGAUAUUGUUCAAUCUCUUUGGAUUGCUCUCACUCAUGAAUAUAAGCACUGGCGCUGCGGAGGCUUACAAGUAUAUUGUGAACUUAUCGGGUGUGGCUGUUUUCGUGGUAUGGGGUGCGGUUAAUGUAUAUCACAUUCGUUUCAGAAAAGCCUGGGCCCUACAAGGACGUUCGGUGGAUGACCUUCCAUACAAAGGAUUGUGGUAUCCUGUUUUGCCAAUCUUUGGUAUCGCAGUCAACAUAUUCCUCGCAUUGAUUCAAGGCUGGUCUACAUUCAAGCCCUUCUCUGCGAAAGACUUUGUUGACGCUUACAUUUUACUCCCAUUUUUCGUCUUUCUCACGCUAUGCUUGAAGUUGAUCAAUAAGACCAAGUAUGUGAAAUUAGACCAAAUUGAUCUAGAUGAGGGGCGUCGGUCAGAUUUGGAUGAAAUGUGAAUGUAUUUAGGAUAAUUUAGACAUUUUAGAGCCAA